UGGAGCCCCGAGGAUCUCGGAUCGGCGCGCUCCUACAGGGGCUCGGAGGCGCGCCCGGGGCUUCCAGAUUUUUGCCAGGUUUCGUCGCAGCGGAGACCGAUGCCUCGAAUCACCGAGACCGGAGAGGGUCUCAACGGUCUAGAACGCCAGCGACGAGGGGUCGUCUGGCGCCACAAAACACCUUCCUAGACACAAUUGCAAACCGUUUUGAUGGGACCCACAGUAACUUUGUCCUGGGUAACGCCCAGGUGCAGUCACUCUACCCCAUCGUCUACUGCUCGGACGGCUUCUGUGAGCUGACCGGCUUCGCCCGCGGUGAGCUGAUGCAAAAGAGCUGCAGGUGUCACUUCCUGUACGGCUCGGACACCAGCGAGAGCCUAACCACUCAGAUCCAAAAGGCUCUGGACGAGCGGCAGGAAUUUAAGACUGAGUGCAUCCUGUACAAGAAGGGGGGAGAGCAGUUCUGGUGUCUGCUGGACAUAGUGCCCAUCAAGAAUGAGAAGGGAGAGGUGGUGCUGUUCCUGGUCUCCCACAAGGACAUCACAGAGACCAGGAAGGACCAGGGGGACCAUGGACAAGACUCAGACACUGGUGAGGGAGGGAGGGAGGGAGGGAGGGCCCGUCCCCCAGGCUUUGACAACAACCGCCGGCGUAGUCGGGCCGUACUCUACCAGUUGUCUGGCCACUUGCAGAAACAGGACAAGAGCAAGCUCAAGAUCAACAACAGUAUGUUUGGGGCGACCACCAACCCCAUCCCUGAGUACAAGGUGGCUGCCACCCCAAAGUCUCGCUUCAUCCUGCUACACUACGGGACCUUCAAGGCGGGCUGGGAUUGGCUGAUCCUCCUGGCCACUUUCUAUGUGGCCAUCACCGUGCCCUAUAACGUUUGCUUCACCGUGGUGGAGGGGCGGGACGAGGGGGGCGGCUCCGGGGCUCGCAACCCCCCCAGUUACAGCGACAUCUUGGUGGAGAUUCUGUUCAUCAUUGACAUUGCACUGAACUUCCGCACCACCUAUGUGAGUACGACGGGUCAGGUGGUUUAUGAAGCCCGCUCUAUCUUUGUACACUACGCCACCUCCUGGCUGUUUGUUGACCUGAUCGCCGCCCUGCCCUUUGAUCUGCUCUACGCCUUCAAUAUCAGCGUGUACUUUGGGGUCCACCUGCUGAAGACAGUGCGGUUACUCCGUCUCCUGAGGCUGCUCCAGAAGCUGGAGCGUUACUCUGAGUACAGCGCCGUGGUUCUGACCCUGCUCAUGUCUACUUUCGCCCUGCUGGCCCACUGGAUGGCCUGCGUCUGGUACUUCAUCGGACGCCAGGAGAUCGAGAGCAACAGCCUGAGCUCCUGGGAUAAUGGUGAGUAA